AUGGAAACAGAGAGCCGGCGCCAUGUCAACGCCGCAGCAUUACCCCCGACGUCGCCGGUUUCUUCCACCACGUUCGUCCAAGCCGACGCGGCGACCUUCCGGGACCUCGUCCAGAGGCUCACCGGAUUAUCCCCUGAUUCCGAGAUCAGGCUGCCGGUCACUCUGCCUUCCAGAAUUCACGCUCCUAAACAGGGGAAUUACAACAACAACAACAACAGCAACAACAGCAACAACGGCAAUCAUCCGCCGGUCAAUUCGCCCCGCCGGUCGCCGUACAAGCUCCAGGAACGCCGGCACACGAUCAGGAAGCUGGAGAUCAAGCUGAGCCGGGCGUCUCUCCGGAACAAUAAUUCCUCCGGCGCGAGCCCCUGUUCCUCACCCUGCCUCGUGGAGUCUCCGAUUGCCAGCCCCGUCACGCCGCUGAUGGGCUCCGGCGCGGGGGAAUCGCCCUUCUUUUCCAGCACCGAGACGUCCCCUUCGACGCCUUGCUCCGAGGAGGAGAGGGCGAUUGCGGAGAAGAGGUUUUAUCUCCAUCCGUCUCCGUUGAGCACGCCGCGCGGGAGCGAGCCGCCGGAGCUGCUUCCCCUGUUUCCCCUGAGUUCUCCGACGACGCUGAGGAUUUGA